AUGCUAGUGUCCCUCGACAAGCUCUCCUUCCUGCACAACGACGCCCCGAGAUUUGGAGAGGACGACGAGGACGAUUUGCCCCGUUUCUUCGACAUCCCGAGGUACCGCUUGGAGAAUCCCGAACCACCUGUUGCCUUCCAUAACCACACUCGAAGUCUCUCCUACAGUUCUGACAUUGAUACCUCAAGCCGACUGUCGAGCCAGUACUCGCGCGACCGUCGCAGCAAUAGUAACGCGACGAUCCAGGACGUCCCCCGUCGAGCCAGCCUUGUCCGCGAGACAAUGCGUCGAAGCCAGUCGGAUACACCAAAGGAAUCGCCUCAGCAAGGAAGCCACAGACACAAGAGCAGCAGUGUUGGCAGUGGGAGCAUUGACGGUUUGCAGAGUCAAGGCAAUGGCUACACCGGCGGCCGUUGGGGUCGCAGCCAUCGCCGAUCAGCUAGCAUCGAUCAAGGCUCUCAUCCCUCGGAUCUUGCCCAGGUAGACAGCAUGACGCGCUCGCUCAAGGCCGAUAGGGUCACGAGUUUUACCAGCGAGGAUCUGAAUGCCGCGCCCAACCCAACAGUCCCAGGCGGCCCUCGAAAACCCCCCUCGACUGCCCCGAAGCAACCGGAACCGGCCCAAUCCUCAUCUGCCCAUCGAAAUCGUAGUUCGAGUCGAUCGGUGAAGAGCGCAUCUGCCCGAAACAAAACAGUCGCACGAGAGCCGGCGCCGCCCCUGCCAAUUUCUGACUCGGCACCCGCCCCGGCCGUUGGGUAUGGUAAACCCAAAGAGCAGGCUGCGCAGCUUGCGAGCAAUAACUCGACACCACAGCCCAAGGAGAAGCAAGGCUUCUUCAAGCGUGUGUUUGGUGGUUCUUCAAGGCACAGCAGCAACCCAAUCGCUACUACCCCCGACUCCAGCCAGAACGGUCGACGCAAUACUGGUGAUUCUCCUGCUCCUGAUAAUGCCAGCACCAGCACUGGCAGCAAAACGCAGGGGAGAGAUACCGCAUCAUCGCAUUCGAAUCACCCCGUCUUGCAGAAGAAGACUUCGUUUUUCCGUCGCCGAAAGAAGUCUGUGGUUGAUGAUGCACCUCCUGUUUCAGUCGCCGAAAACUUACCUCCGGUUCCACCCCUGAACCUGUACGCUAACAAGGACAAACCUGUUACCAAAGCCGAAACGAGUCCCGUUAGCAGCCUACGUCAGGUUAUGAACCCGUACCUUCGCGACUCAGUAACCCCUUCAAAGCCCGGGGUGCCAGCAAAGACCCAGGCCCAGAAGCAGAAUAUGACCCCAUCGAACGCUGGCAAGAUGACCCUGGCUGAUCUCAUGGGUGGUGAGGAGGAAGAAGGGGACAUUGUUGAGCAACAAGCGUAUAAGAGAGACUUUUCCCCUGAAUACGAGCCCAACCCCAACGCAAGAAUCAGAAAGGUACAAUCAGACUCCUCACAGGAGAAGGAGAAAGCAGACCAGCUCGCUACUCCAACCCGAUCUGCCAGUAAAUCGAAGACGACGAAUUCUUUCUUGGACCUUGAUGGUCCUGGCGAGGCAAACGACACAGCCCAGGGCAAAGAUAAGACAGCACAAACAUUGUUCACUGACAACAGCCGUUUCGGUAAACGGACAAGUAGUCUGUCGCCUGCCUUGACUUCAUUCACUGACGACGAUCCUACCCCGAAAGCGAAAGCCGAGCCAUUCCCAGAUCCAUCCGUUACUCCUCGAGCCUCUUCAAUGAUCAAGCCACCCGACCUUCGAAUUGAAACGACCUUGGAGUCUGGGGCUAAAAUUACGACUCCAUUGGACUCCAAGCAACUUGACGAGCCCGAAUUUGUUCUUGGCCAGCCGACCGAGGACGAUAGACAAAAGGCACAGAGGAUUUUUGAUGGAAAUGAAGAUUUCAUUCAGAGAGACAAGGCCGCGUCCUGGAUGGGUGAGGAAGGUCCUGUGAGAAAGAAGACCCUCCAAGCCUACAUGGACCUGUAUGACUUCACAAACCAAAGCGUCUUGCAAUCAUUGCGUCAGGUCUGUAGUCGCUUGGUUUUCCGUGCUGAGACCCAGCAAGUCGACCGUAUUCUGGUAGCGUUCUCGAAGCGGUGGUGUGAUUGCAACCCCAAUCAUGGCUUCAAGGCCUCAGAUAUCAUUCACACCAUUUGCUAUUCGAUCAUGCUUCUCAACACCGAUUUACACAUGGCAGAUAUCGAGCAAAAGAUGACUCGCAGUCAGUUCGUCAAGAAUACGAUGGGAACAAUUAUCCAAGCCCUGGCUGAGGUGAUGCCGGAUGCUCUUGAGAAGAGACCACCCAUCCUCUCAGCAAAGAGCCCAGGCAUGCUUGAUACCCCAACAACCAUACCAUCUGCAACGCCAAUAUCACCAACGCCUACCGAAUCAGAACGUAGAUCGUUCAGAAACUCGUUCCGACCACCGCCGCGGGGCGAUUCGGACGGAAUUGAUGUUGUGAAUGACUGCGGGCCACUGGUCAAGUCGCCCCACACCGGCAACAUCAAAAGCUGGGAAGAGCAAGUAGAGAUUGUCCUCAAGUCCAUCUACAACUCGAUUCGUGAUGAGAGACUGCCUCUCUUUGGUGCUGACCCACAGAAGAGCCUGCCAACUUCGCCAUCGCAGGGCUUGGGAGUGAUGAACAUGCUGAGACGAACCCCAAGUGUGCUCAGCAAGGCUCCAUCUGAAGGCAAUCUCUCCAUGAGAGGUCGUAACGCGGAGUCCACCCGUGGGCCAGGCUCUCGCUGGGUGUCCAAGAGCCGCUCCAGACCUCCUGGACUUGGACGUAAUGGAUUCAACUCGAGUAGAACUAGUUUCGAGGAUAACAAUUCUCUUUGGAGUCCAGCAUUGUCCUCUGCAACAUGGAGCCGACAGUCUCUUGGCCGGACACAGACAACGGUAUCGCAAGAUUCGUUUGCUUCUGCGUUCCCACGUGGCGACUAUCAACAAUCCAUCGGUUUCGCGAAUGCUCUAAGUCAAGCUAUCAUCCGGGACGAGGAUGCCAAUGGCUAUGAGACAGCGCCGUCAAUUCUCAGCGCAGACAUCCCGGCCUCUCGGCUCCUGGAGGAUGAAACACUGGAAAUCACUGGACCCCCGUGGGUCAAGGAGGGAAGGGUUAUUCACAAGCACCACUUGGAUGGAGUGGACAAGAAGGCGAAGGACAGGCAGUGGACUGAAGUAUUUGCUGUGGUACAGAAGGGCCAGAUGAGUCUCUUCUCCUUCAACUCGAGUAAGUCUCAACGGCAGAAAACUCGUCCCAAAGCGCCUCAGGCGGUAGGAGGUGGCAACUGGCAAGACAAUGCCACAAACGUUGGUACAUUCAACUUGAGACAAACCCUGGCGUCUGCGCUGCCAUCCCCUGGGUACUCUCGAACACGACCACAUGUGUGGGCCCUGAGCCUCCCAACUGGCGCAGUUCAUCUAUUCCAGGUGGGAACGCCUGAAAUCAUCAAGGAGUUUGUCACGACUGCCAACUACUGGAGCGCGCGCUUGAGCACGCAUCCUUUGAUUGGUGGUGUGAGCAAUAUGGAGUAUGGAUGGAGUGAAAACAUUGUCAACAACGCACUUGUCAAUGCAAUCAACGAUUCGACUGGGCCACCGACAAGGCGAGCUUCUAACAUGAGCAACGGCGCCAUCACCGGGACAGGCAGGAAGGGCAGCAUCAGCAGCUUCCGCUCCGCCAGUAUCGAUCAAGCCGCUGCUGCAUUUACCAAUGCUAGUGGGCGUGGUGGCAAGCUGCCCGGUGAUCGUGUUAACAUCGCAGACUGGACGCCGCCAGCACAAAGCCUGCGUCCUAGCAAUGCGAGCGAGGCGGACCAACUGGCCACCCUGGUUGCUUACGUCAAAAACAUUGAAGACAGUUUGCAAGAGCAUAACCAACUACGCAGCCCAAUGCUACUGGCGUUUACACCCCGGGGCCACAAUGCGAUCAAGGCUAUGGCGAACUGGGAGAAGAAGAGUGCAUACCUGCUUCGCGAAAUUGUCAAGUUCAGGACGUACGUGGAUUGCCUGCAGCAAGCUGAGACGCGUAAGCAGGAGAUUUACACGGAAAGAGAUCUGGCGCACCGCGCUGCCAGAGGAGAACUGAUAGACGCCGAUGAAUUGGACCUCAGUGGCGAUGAGGCAGAUAUAACGAUACGGCCUUGA